AUGGGUAAAGACAAGCAUCACGAACAAGACAAAGGAAUGUUCUCGCAUCAUAAUCACCACGGCCAUGGAUAUCCGCCUGGAGCAUAUCCUCCUCCGCCGGGAGCUUAUCCUCCGCAGCCUGGUUACCCUCCGCAGCAGGGUUACCCUCCGCAAGGUUAUCCUCCGGCGCCUCAUGGUUAUCCACCCGCCGCUUAUCCACCUCCUCCCGGAGCUUAUCCUCCCGCCGGUUACCCCGGUCCUCAACGUCCAGGAUUUGGAGGUGGAGGAGGAGUUGGGGGAUUGAUAGCAGGAGCCGCAACAGUAGCGGCGGCUGCGAUGGGAAGUCACCACGCGGGUCACCACGGUGGUUAUGGUCAUCACGGUGGCAAGUACAAGAGAGGGUUUUUCGGUGGAGGAAAGUACAAGAGAGGGAAGCACAGUAUGUUCGGAGGAGGGAAGUACAAGCGUGGCAAACACGGCAUGUUCGGAGGCAAACGAGGCAAGGGUGGCUUGUUCGGACGUAGGAAGUGGAAAUGA